AGGAGAAAGGCAAAAUGCGACCGAACUCUUCCCAGCUGCCUUCUAUGUGGCAAAUCGUCUCAGCUGUGCGUGUAUCCGCCCAAGAAGUUAAAACCGGGGCCCAAAGUUGGCAUGUCUCAGAGAGGCCGCAAACGAGCUCGCUUCAAUGGUUCACGGGUAUCGCCCGCAGAUGCCCAUAAAAUUGAAACCAGAAGGGUUGAAAGCCCUAAUCUACGACGUAAUGACGCGCCCAGUUCUUCAUCCAGGAGUCCAAACGAAGCCAGCGCUCAUUGUGACAGUCCACUGCCGCCUUCUCCUCAGGCUACAGAAGAAGACAUAUCUAAUGCGUCUGAUUCGUCUGAUACCGCGGCAAUCAAUUUCGUUCGUGCGAUCAGUCUUUCUUCUAUCAUUCAUCCAACCCACGAGAGUUGCUUGACUCCUCCGCCCAGCAUCUCGGAUGGAUCGCCGUCGUCCGGAUUCUUCAUUAACCUUGCCGGAGCGCAAGAUCUUAUCAUGCAAGCAUGCCAAGCUUUGAACUUGUCAAUCCGUACUCUCCAAUCAUUGAUUGAUGCAUAUUUUGAGAACAUGACGUCGUUUUCGCUUUUUCAUCAGCCCUCAUUUGGAACCAAGAUCCAGGAAAUCAAGAACUUGUUGCACCUCAAGGCUUUGUUCGCGUCUAUGUUCUCCUUUUCGGCUCGAUUUGCGACAGAUCGCUAUCAAGGCACAUACACGCAUGAACCCCAGGAAAAUUUGAUGCACGAGCGCUUCCAUGUCAUUGCCCUUCAAUGCAUCAGGGAAGCCCGAGAUGAAUGUGGUGAUGGGAUUCCUCCCCUUUGUGUAUUGCAGGCAAUGGCCCUGAGCACCUUCUACCAGCUGACAAUCGGAGUUCGAGGAAGAGCUUGGCGUUUAUUAGGCUCUUGCGUUCGUGUUGCUUACGAGCUGCGGCUCCACCUGAUUGAUUACGAAGGUCAAGGACCGUCCUCUAAGGCGGGCAUUGAUCUUGCACGAUGGUCCGCUAAUGAAGAGAGACGACGCUGCUGGUGGGCCAUCUGGGAAAUGGAUGUCUUUGCCAGCACUAUUAGGAGAUGUCCCACCGCGAUUGAUUGGAGUAUCAAUGACACGUAUUUGCCUGUUACCGAUGAGUAUUGGUACAACAGCCGAUACCACUCCAGCUGCUUUUUGGAAAAGAAACCAAUGGACCGCUGGAAACGACUGCAAAAGUGCAACAAUGAGAGCGCAUCUGCCUGGUUCAUUGUGCUUAACUCCAUCAUGAGAGACGCGCAAGUUUUAUCCCGGGGAAACAUGCAAGGGAUUCUUCCAGAUUCAGACCCAAACAACAACGUUGCCCAACUGACCCACUACUUCCGCAACAACUUUCGAAAGAAACGGUCGGAAGAAGAUUCAACCAAGCUCACGCUCCUCAUCCACGCCCUGCGAUGCACUACAUCUGUUCUCCCCGACUCUCUCGCCUACAACGGCGAAAGCCUCAGCUUUUCCACGAGCCCUUUUGUUCGAGCAAACGAUCAAUCCGACCACGACACGAAGCUUCUUCAUAGCGCAAAAUACGGCAUCUACUUAAUGACCCAGCUCGCACGCUUCAUGAUAUACCACCACUACGCCUUUGGCGAAAUCUCGUCGGGGACGAUCUUCGCCGAUAAACCGAGUAGUCCGACAUUUGGUUGGACAGCAGCAGAGCAACAACACCCGACAAACUGCGAGGGACUUCGGAACUGCCUCGAGGCCGCCGACAACAUCUCCGCUGUGACGCACCGCUGCGCUGACAAUCACGUGAGAUUCGUCAACCCCUUCCUAGCAAGCACAGUUUGGCUAGCGACAUCGCUGCAGAUAUUGAAGAAAGUGGUUGCGCCUGAAAAUCAUACGGAGCUAAAUGCAUCGAAGAGCGAGGUGUUAAAGCUGAGCUGCCAUCAGUACGUCCAGUUCUGGGGGACGCCGUUGGCAUUGCUCGAAAAUUUGGAUACGCUUGAAGAGCGACUUAUCACGCGGAAGAACGUGUCGAGUCAUAUGGAGAAAAGUCAGGAGGGGAAGAAGGCCCAAGUAUUCAGACCGGUGUCGAAACCACAUAUCAACGGCUCUGGGUGCGCAGAACCACAGAGAAUGAGUGUAGACUGGAGGAAUAACGCUUCACGUCAAGGCUCUACAGGGGGUCUUGAUAUUGAUGGAAUGCCAUUGUAUCAGAGUCCGCAAACGGUCCACUCUGAAUUCAACCCAGCGUCUCUAGGCUUGGUAGGUAGACCACCUAACGCUGGAAAGGCACCGUCCCAGACUUCUAUCGACCAGGGACAUGAUCAGAUUGCGCCUGGUGGUGUUAUUGGCCAUGACUUACGCCCACACGAACAACAAAACAUUGAUCACAUGAGCUAUCUCGACGCAGACACAUUCAUGGCUCUAGAUUCACAGAUAGGCGUCUCCGAGGACCUUGGCGACCGGUUUGCAUGGUUUUUGGCGACGGAUAUGAUGUCUGAUUCGUUAACGCGGUAACACGUCCAGCUCCCACACCAUAGUGCGUCUUCAUGGCCAAUAGUUUCUUGCUCUAU